AUGAAUAAGGAAAUUGAUCAGAAACCCCAGAGAACCGUCCAGAAAUUGAUAAAAGACCAACGUGACUGGAAGGUGAACGGCGCCGAGUAUGACCAAGUGCUUCAAGGUCAGCACGAAGCGGAUAUGGGGCCAACGCAGAUGAUUGAGAACGAACAAAACGAAUUGGUGCCCAACCCGGCUAUUGAAUUUGUGCGUGCUUCCCCACUUCUGGUUGAAACCAGCGAAAUCAGUUGCAUGUAUGGCCGUUCGAGGCCAUACCCAUACCUCCCAGCCCUCGUCACAAGGGUGGCAAUGGAUUUAAAGCCGAUCCUCGAACACUAUGACCAAAGUUUCGGAGAGAAGAUAAUUGGCUUGUUGAGAACGAGCAUCCAGGGCAAACCCACUGGGGUAGCAGCACAGCAACGGGAUCUAUCUACCGCGAUUACUUCAACUGGCCAGUUGCUACCGCAAGUCUUCGUCUAUGCCAGAGGAUAUGGGAUGGGAAACAAUCAGCAUGCAUACAAUGAUCCGGCUGUCCAGAUUCGAUUAGCAGGAUUCAGCGAACGUUGGGAGAUCCCACCGGGCUGUGAAGAAAGUGGCUCGCCGGGACAGAUCUGGGUGGCUGAGAAGGAUCCUCGCAAACUCAGUGGCGAUGAUUCUGUUGCAGCCGGACAGAUUGUUCAAGUCUCCUCCAAUUCCCUACACGACGCAGCAAAGGCAGUAUCAUUGACAGAAUAG